AGGCUGCGUGGGGAUCGCUUCGGGAGACCUGGCGCUGCAGCUCCCCACCUUAGCAGUCCAGUUACUCGUCUAGAUCCACGUUGGAAAGAGAGAGAGAGAGAGAAAGAGAGACAGAAACUAAAAGUGCGGAGAUUCUGCAAAUCGCUGGCUGCUUUGGGGUAACAAAAGGACCCGAGUUACUGCCGACUGAGCACCCCCGGGAGCCGGGCUCGGAGCAGACGAGGUGCCCGGCGGCGCCCAUUUGGGGGCUUCUAACUCUUUCUCCGCGUAGCCCCCUUCCCGUCCCCUCCCCUCUCGUUCCCUUUUAAAAUCCGUGGCACGGAGGCGCCUGCAGCCGCACUCGCCAGCGACUCAUCUCUCCAGCGGGUUUUUUGUUUGCCGAGUGCGAUCCCCACACUCAUGAACAUACACAGGUCUACCCCCAUCACAAUAGCAAGAUAUGGGAGAUCGCGGAACAAAACCCAGGAUUUCGAAGAGUUGUCGUCUAUAAGGUCCGCCGAACCCAGCCAGAGUUUCAGCCCGAACCUCGGCUCCCCGAGCCCGCCCGAGACUCCGAACUUGUCGCAUUGCGUUUCUUGCAUCGGGAAAUACUUAUUGUUGGAACCUCUGGAGGGAGACCACGUUUUUCGUGCCGUGCAUCUGCACAGUGGGGAGGAGCUGGUGUGCAAGGUGUUCGAUAUCAGCUGCUACCAGGAAUCCCUGGCCCCGUGCUUUUGCCUGUCUGCCCACAGCAACAUCAACCAAAUCACCGAAAUCAUCCUGGGGGAGACCAAAGCCUAUGUGUUCUUUGAGCGAAGCUAUGGGGACAUGCAUUCGUUUGUCCGCACCUGCAAGAAGCUGAGGGAGGAGGAGGCGGCCAGACUGUUCUACCAGAUCGCCUCGGCUGUGGCCCACUGCCAUGACGGGGGGCUGGUGCUGCGGGAUCUGAAGCUGCGGAAAUUCAUCUUUAAGGACGAAGAAAGGACUCGGGUCAAGCUGGAAAGCCUGGAAGAUGCGUAUAUUCUUCGGGGAGAUGAUGACUCCCUCUCUGACAAGCACGGCUGCCCUGCUUAUGUGAGCCCAGAGAUCUUGAACACCAGUGGCAGCUACUCGGGCAAAGCAGCCGACGUAUGGAGCCUGGGAGUGAUGCUCUACACCAUGUUGGUGGGGCGGUACCCUUUCCAUGACAUUGAGCCCAGUUCCCUCUUCAGCAAGAUCCGGCGUGGCCAGUUCAACAUUCCAGAGACUCUGUCGCCCAAGGCCAAGUGCCUCAUCCGAAGCAUCCUGCGGCGGGAGCCCUCAGAGCGGCUGACCUCGCAGGAAAUUCUGGACCAUCCUUGGUUUUCUACAGAUUUUAGCGUCUCGAAUUCAGGAUAUGGUGCUAAGGAAGUGUCUGAUCAGCUGGUGCCGGAUGUCAACAUGGAAGAGAACUUGGACCCUUUCUUUAACUGAGCUCGUGCCCCACAGAGACUUAGCAGGUACCAGGAGCGAGAGAGGGCAGUGGAGAGUCCUUCCAGGGGACACGUAUCGCCUGGCUUGGUAGCAAGAAAGACACUGACACUCAAGUUUCUCGGUUCAAAGAAGGAGAACCUUCAAGGAGCUGACUGAACAUGUAGCAUGGGGGCGAGAGAUGUGGGGUGGGAGUCUGGGGUCGGGUCAGCGGGGCAGGUGCCCCUGGAGCUUCUCUUCCCUGACGUAGCCCCCUGGAGACCACCCCCAUCAGUUGGGCUGCUUCGGCCUACCCCACUUUUCAUUUGUCCCAAAAUAGUUGCAGAUCCCGACAGAAUCAAAACUCUCUGCCUCAAACACACAUCUUGGCAUCGCACUGUUAGCUUUUAACUUCUUGUCAUGAUUCAGGGAAGGUACAAUUGGCCAAGGAUUUUUUUUUCUUUUUAAACAAGACAACCACCUAUAUGAUACUUAAUGCGGUUCAUUCAAAAAAAAAAAAAAAUUCGGUGCACACAGACUGACCAGAAACCUGGGUGCUAAGCUAAAAGAAAAUAGAAGUCCAGUUUGUGUCUCUUAAUUGCUCUUUUCAACUCAUUUCUUCUAAAUAAACUAUUUAAUAUCCUGGUCAGGAAAUAACAUGUUGAUGCUUUGCUCCCUGAAGGGGGAAAAAAAAAUCUGUCCUUUAACAAGCUAUUCUGUUCUGUGUCCAUGGGUUUGUGACAGGAAGCUAUUAGAAGUCAAACUUCUAGAUGCAUUAACUGCUAUCGUAGUUUAAAGAAAGAAAAGAAAAAAAAGGAAGGGAAAGGAAAAGAGAAAUUCACUCCUGAAUUUCUUUUUCCUUCGAACGAUGAGGGCUGCCUCAUCGGGGGUCCUCUCUGCUGGGAUGGGGGCAACAGGGUGAGAUCACGGGAGGCGCUUGGAGUCUGAAGCUUUUGCGACACUCUGGUCUCAGCUACACCUUUUGUCUUUGUUUUAUUGGAAACUAGUGAAACCAAGCAGAUUGUCCCACGUGUAUGAAAUACAGGGCAGCUAUUUCCUUUUCUUUAGGAAGAAUGAUCCUUUUGGCUUGGAAGGCCCUCUGGUUUGGACAAAAACCCUCGGUAGAGACAAGCGGCAAGAAAAAUGAGCUGGAAGCUAGGAUGAUAUAAAUAAAAACAGCUCUCUUAUCCCAAUACGCACCUUUGUAUUUUCAAGAAUUCUUCUAUUUAUUAAGGAAAAUGUCACAUUGUGAUGUAUUAAGCCAGUACUUCAAUUACGGGUUGACUUGGGAUGACAUGUUACAUGCUGUAGUUAACAUCUAUAUAUUUUUUCUUGUUUGAGUAUUUCUGUCCCUGAAAUAACCUUUUGUUUGGCUUUUCUAGAUAGCUUUAUUUGAUUUCGAGUGGCAAAUGUUUUUUUUUUUUUUUUUUUUAUUAUUACGGCUUUUCUAUUUGCUGUAUGAUACAGAACUCUUUUGGCAUAAAUAUUUGUGUUUCCAGUACCUCAGUUGUUUGGAUUUUACUGCCUGUAUACGUUUUGUGAAAUGGUCAUGUUUUUGGGUAGGUAACACGUGGACUCUAGUAUGUAAAUGUUACUUGAAUCUGUGCUUUAUUAUAGUACGUGGCAUGUGUGUGCAGAUCUUGGAUGCUUCAUGCCUGCUCAGCAGGAGCCCAGC